AUGGGAACAAUAGAUUUUGAAAAUAACUGUACUUUGUAUAUAUGUACAGAUAAUUGUGAAGUUCCUUCUGUAAAUGAAAUUCAGAAGAAAUUAGAAAGUCAAAAUGUAGACAAUAAAAUUGAAGGAAUGGAAAAUUUGAUUUUUAAUAUAAUACAAGGUGAAUCAUAUGGAAACCUACUAAUGUUUGUUAUUAGAUUUAUAGUACCUCAUAAAGAUCAUAGACUAAAAAAAAUGUGCCAUAUAUUUUUUGAAGUUGUAGAUAAAUGCAAUAAUGAUGGAACUUUAAAAGAAGAAAUGAUAUUAGUAUGUAAUGCUUUGAGAAAUGAUUUAAUAUCUCCAAAUGAAUAUGUGAGGGGAUCGACACUACGAUUAUUAAGUAAAAUAAAAUAUUUAAAAAUUUUAGAUCCUUUAAUUGAAGCAAUUACAAAAAAUUUAAACCAUUCACAUAGUUAUGUAAGAAAAAAUGCAAUUAGUUGUAUCCAUACAAUUAUUAAAAAUCAUGGAAUAGAUGUUAUACCGAAUGCAGUUAAAGAGGUUGAAAAAAUAUUAUUUUUAGAAACUGAUAUAUCUACAAAACGUAGUGCACUAUCUAUGUUAAUUGACAUCGACCCAUUAACAACAUUAAAAUAUGUCCUUUCAUUAAAUGAUCAGUUAUAUGAUACAGCAGAUGUUAUGCUGUUAGAAGUUAUCCAACUUUUUAAAAAAUUAUUUAUUCCUCACAUUUUUGAUGAUUCAUGUUUAGAAAUAAAUGGAAAUAAACACAUGAGUGAGGAUGAAUGUAGUCAAUAUGGAGAAAAAUAUGAAAAUUGUUAUGAGAAUAUUGAUGAUGAGGAUGAAUUAAGGAAUUCAAAAAACGAUUUAUAUGGUUAUCUACAAAAUAGUAAUGAUAAUAGUGUAUUAGAUUUUAAAAGUGAAGAAAUCAGAUUUAAAAAUAAAAAAUUACAUCAAAAUGAUUAUAUGCCAUAUAAAAAUAAUGUAAUAAACAUUUUGUUAAAUAUGCUAAAUAAAAAUGUUAGUAAUAGUGUAUUAUAUGAAGGAUCAUGUUGUUUAUUAUAUAUUAGUAACUCUACAUUAAGUAUUAAAACAGCAAGUGAAUGUUUCAUAAAAUUGUUAAUAAAUCAACAUGACAAUAAUAUAAAGUUAAUUGUUAUUGAUAAAUUAUAUUACAUUAUGUGUAAAUGGAAGCACAUUCUUUCAAACUAUAUCAUGGAUUUGUUACGAAGUUUAAAUUUUCCAUCAAAAGAUGUAAAGCUUAAGAUUUUAAAUUUAGUUUUACAUAUAUUGACAAAAAGAAAUGUACACUUAGUUUUAAAUGUUAUUAAAAAAGAAUUAUUAAAAUUGAACGAACAACCUAUUUAUAAUUCAAAAGGUUUAAUAGCUCGAGGAAAUGCUCAAAAUAAUGAUCCGAAUAGAAUUAUUUCGAUAACAAAAGAUGAAGAAAAUAAUGGAGCAUUAACAAAAAUGUCAAAUUUAGGAGAUUCGAAUAAUGCAUAUAGUUCAUCAAUACAAACAUAUAAUAAUAAUAUAUCAACAAAUAGUAUCGAUUCUGCAAAUUAUAAAAAAAUUUUAAUUAAAUCUUUACAACAUAUAUGUAAUAUGUAUACUACAGAUUGUUUGGGUAUAGUUGAUUUACUUUUUCUUUAUGCAAAUACCCAAGAAAAAAAUAUAAGUUAUGAAUCUGCUAUAUGUAUAAAAAAACUAGCAAACAAUAGUAUAUUGCAAAAUAAUAUACUUGAAAAAAUUAUAGAAAACAUGUUUGAAAUAAAGGAAACGACAAUAUUACGAAUGUUUUUGUGGACAUUGGGUCAGUAUAUGAAUAAAAAUGAAAUUAUUUUAAAUUUUAUAAAUAUAUUAUAUGAACAAAUGUCUUAUUUUUUAAAUAAUAGUAUGAACGAAUCAGAUAUUGUUAGUAAAAUAUUUAGUGAAAAAUUGAAAAAAAAUAAAUUUUUAAAUUUUAACGAAACCUCAAGUAAUAUUGGAAAUAAUAAUACAACACCAUAUUUCCAAAACAUACAAACUAAAACUGUUAUUUUAGAAGAUGGCACAUAUGCUACUGAAGCUUUUGCAAAUACUCAGAAUAAAAGUUCUAUGAAUUUAUCUGGCUCAAAUAAAAAUGGUGGUAAAUUUUCUUCAAAAAAUAAUUCGAAUUUAAAUCAAUUUUUAUAUAAUUUAUUUGGUGAAAAUGAUGAUUUAUUAUUAUCUGUUUUAUGUGUAUGCAUAACAAAGUUGUAUCUUAGAUUGCUAUCAAAUGUGGAUGAUGUUUUUAAUUUUAUACGAAUGGAAAAUAAUAACGAUAAAGAAAAAUUUGAUAAAGAAAAUUUUGAUAAAGAAAAAUUUGAUGAUCCUAACUUGAUGUUAAAAAAUUUGAACGUGUUUAGAAAUAAAUCGAUUCAUAUUUUGUCAAGCAUAAUAAAAUAUACAACACAAAAAAAUAUAAAAUCUGUAACUAGCGUAUAUGAAAAUGACAGUAAUGUUAUACGGAUAACACAAUGUCUUAACAUACUUUUAAAAAUAAAAGUGGGAAUAAAAAAUAUCGAUAAUGAAACGAAGGAAUUUAUAGAAACAUUUAUUAAUGGGGAUAAGUAUUAUCACGAUUUUAUAAAAAAAGAAGAAGACAAGUAUUGUAGUUUAUAUGGAUCUACUUCUAAAAAUUGUCGAAAAAUCGAAACUAUAGAAGCCAAUGAUAUAAACAACGAAGAAGAUGAUAAUAUAUCAUUAAUUAGUGAUAAAGAAAUGGAAAAUGUAGAUAAUGUAAUUAAUUUUAGAAUUUUAAAAGAAAAAAAAAAUGUAUUAAAUAUAUUUGAUGAUGAAAUUGUAACAAAAAAUGAAAAUUUUGAACAAAUGAAAUUAAAAUAUUCUUUAAAAAAUGAUAUAUUAUAUGAUUAUAACGAAUUUAAAUAUCCUAUUAUAAAUCAAUAUAAUUAUUCCUCAACAUUUUUAUCUAAAUUACAUAAAUCCCAAGCAAUAACUAGUAUAGAUGAUGAUAUAUUUAUUGAAAUAUUCCCAAUAAUUUCAACCAUAAAUUUAAUACUUGAAUUUUAUAUUUAUAACCAAUCAGGUAUAGAUUUACAAAAUAUAUUUAUCAAUUUGUCUACACAUAAUAAUUUAAAGCCAAUUGAUAAAAUCCCACAAUUUAAUUUAGCCCCAUAUGAAAAAAAAAAAUUCAAAACUACUAUAAAGGUGCAUACUACAGAAACAGGAACUAUUUUUGGAUAUGUUUUUUUCGAGAAAAAAAAUGAUCCCCAAAAAUAUUAUAUCGUUUUAAAUGAAAUUAAUAUAAAUAUGAAUGAAUAUAUUACAGCUUCUUUUGUAUCGUCUCAUUUGUUUCGAAUUAUGUGGUCUGAGUUUGAAUGGGAAAACAAAAUUAAUGUCAACACAUCAAUUAGUGACGCCUUUGAAUUGCUGAAGCUAAUCAUAAAGCACACAAACAUGACAAUAGUGGAAAGGUUUAUGCCUUUAGAAUAUUAUGAGCAUGAAAUGAAAAAUAUAGGAGAAAAUGAAAAUAUAACACCUAUAGAUAUAUACAUAUCUUAUAUUUCAACUUUAGAUGAUUUAAAAUUAUUAGUAAACAAUUCAGCUUUUUUUUCUGUGAAUUUAUUUUCGCGAAGUAUAUUUGGAGAAGAUUCUUUAGCUAACUUUUCAGUUCAGAAAAAUCCAGAUGGGAAAUUAACAGGGAGUAUACGGGUUCGAAGUAGAACACAGGGCAUAGCACUUAGCUUAGGAGACAAAAUAACGUUGAUACAAUCUGGAAUAAAUACUGAAUUACAAUAA